CCUGUUGUAUGGUUUACCGCCACGCUUGUUGAGGAUUUCACUCUCAACGCCCGCGCCCACCGUCGGCGUUGUGUCUUAGGUAGCCUUUCCGCAAGAUUAUACAAGUAAAAGCAUUCUCGGUCGAGAAUACGUCAUACGGCAAUAAGCUCAGCACUCGCUCUCCAGCUCGCUCUAUAAACUUGUGUGAGGGUACACAAGACUUCCCACUUGAGCCAUGAGACUGCCGACUUAGUGUAGCCAGAGCUCCAUGGGUAUCGGGGUGGCGGGGUCGGCAAGUUCUCCUUCGGCCCCGGUUGCGCCAUGUUUGGUGAACUGGGGCGACGACAACUCGAGCGCGCGCUCAGGAGGCAGUGCUUGCAGCGGUAGCUACCCAUACAGCGUCACUAGCAGUGCCGAGGUCCGAAUUACGCUCGUCAGUGACGGCAGGAAGUGCCUUGGAGGAAAGUGCUGCGGACCGAAGGGAGGCUGCUCAUGGCAGGCGACAUGCGUGGCCGGCUUACUGGCCUUGAUAUUGAUCGUUGCGGUCGCGCUCGCGAUAGCCCUUCCUAUAGCUAUUCUACAAGAGCGGAGGGGAGGCCUUAAUCAGGCUCUGCAAGUGAGAGGGGCUGGGCCUGCCGAUAAGCCAAUCCAUUCAGAUUUCAGCAUGACCGGCAGGUUGCAGGUAGCGCCAAGCCAGACCUCUGCGCCCGCUGAAGCGGCCACAGCGGUUCUGUGCACCGCCGCCGCCUCCCAGACCGCUCUCGUUGAUGCGAUUCAGAACGCUCUCGCUCUCACGGUCCGUUCAUUCGGAGUGGAGGGCGUCUCUGUCGCUGUGGCGGACACGCAAUGCAGCAGGGGCGCUGAAGUGCUCUUCAGUCUGCAGCUCCGCUGCGAGUCCGCUGACCCCAGCCUGGCGGCAGCGGUGGCGCAGUCGCUGAUGGGGCCGGCGGGUGUGGCGGCGGCGCUGGCGCAGCUCAAGCGCACGACAAGUGGCCUGUUUGGCGAGGCUGGGGUUGUGCUGCUGGCGCAGCUGAGGCUGGACACGGUGGCUGGUGGGGCCGGUCCGGCGAGCGGCAGCAGUGCCAGCAGCGGCAGCAGCGCCAGCAAUGCCGGCACUUCCAGCGCUGCCAGCGCUGCCCUGGCUGCCGAGGCGCCUACCGUUGCCAGCAAUGCUAGCACUGCUGGUGAUGCCGGUGGCGCAAACGGCGCAGCAGCAUCAGCCGCCGAUACCAGCCGUGGCGCUAACGCCGGCGUACCGGGUGCUGCCGGCGGGGCCACGGAGCAGGGAGCGCAGCAGGCUGUGGUGGUGCAGCAGGCUGUGGCGGCUGCUACGAACCAAGGAGAAGAAGUCGUUGGGGACGAAGCCGCGGCUGGGUAGGCACAGCCACCUGCCAUGUCAGGUGGUUGAACAGCAGUGCAGGCGCGCAGCAAUCCGCGCCGUCAUGUCGACUUGCCAUAGGUGACACACCGGCAUGUUGAAUCGUAUAGUAGGCACGUAAGCGUGGUACAGCCUCGUGUUCUCUAGGAUUUAGAUUUUUGUUCGUUCUGUCCAACCGCCAGUUGCGGCUACCAGAGUACCAUACCUCCUGCAGAUGAGGGUGUCUCCUUACGUUGUGUGUUGCUAGCAGGCAUGUGCGACUCGAAUGCAAAUGUGAAUGUGGCAUGGGUUGUGCACACCUGCGCACUUUUGUCUCAUCUUCCGACUUGUAUGUGACUGACCGACUGGUUGAGGUGGCAGGAGCACGGUGGCAGAGGGUACCGCGGCCCGCGGGUAUAGGUGGAGGGACUAAUGGCAUGGAACGGCAGGCAGACGCAGGUUUGUGUGUGGACGCGGAUGACAGCACAUAUGACGAUUACGCUGCAGGGGGCCCUUGACAUCCGUUUGAAGGUCGAGGCCCCGUAAGACGGGCGCCGCUUGAGAGUCUAGACUACCAUUCAUUUGCAGGGGGUGCCCGAGCUCUUGCAAGGCUCGGCCCUUUGGCAGCGCUGCUGCUGGGGCUUGACGAAGCUUCUUGCGUGAAAGCUGAAGGGCUGAGUGUGUGUUUGACGGGGGACCUACCUUCAAGCCGCAUCACGAGAUGAAUGGCAUGGGUUGUUCACGUGGAUGUGGUGACAGCACGUGUGGAUGACCACGCUGAGUGGCUGCAGCCUGCAGCCUGCACCCCUGCCGGGCAUGCGGGAGACGCAUCCUCUACAUGCUGCUCGUGCUGAGUGACUGGCUGAUUGCGGCACUGCGCUGUGCAGUGCUGGCACACGGACAAGUUGACAAUUUAUAUACAGAACAUGCUAGGAAGGUGGCUACACAUUUACGGUAUACACGCCCGUAUACACGCCAGUAGCGAUGUAGCGUGUGCCUGAUGGGCAGCCCUACUAUGCAUGCACGCAAGGUUGCGCAGGUUAAAAUCACUGCAAUAAAACUUACAAUACUAAGAGUGAGAGACAUACGUUUGGUUGCGAAUUGUGGUGCGUUUUGGCGGUCUGCCUGGACCCUCUGUCCAUGGGGCAGAAUGGCAGAUGGGGUUUUGGAAUGCGAGCUUAUCAACCCGCAUAUGGAUGGCAGGAUUACAAGGUACAUGCCGCUGCGUCAGUCCAUGGCGCAGCACUGUGCAGCCUGGACACAGUUUCAUGUCCCAUCCGCCCAUCGGCGACCGAGAAACAUACCGUACUGUGUGUACUGGUGGGGGUAUGGCUCGCGAAUUGGACCGUGAAAA